UCCAGAUUGGAACUUCUUCGUUGCUUGAAAGGAUGUCGAUUCUCAGUCUCUUCUAUGGGAACCUUGAAAGUUGUGUCCAGAGUUUCCGUUAUCUGAUAGCCAAACCUCUCUGUUUGAUUCCAACUCUGUUUGCAAUAGAGGCUGCUGGUUAGACGCCUAGUCUUACAGCCGGUUACUCAAUGUCGGGCUAACUGCAGGUUAAUACGUAAUUCGUAAUAAAAAUAAAAACAAAGAUGCGUAAAGGUAAAGGCGAAGAUGAAACACACAAGGGUAUAAAUAACAAUAAAUAUAACGAGAAAUAUGCGGAUGAGGGUAACGAUAAAAGGAAAGGCAUACCGGAAACAUGUCUAUUGCCAAUGGACUUUGGCUAUUGCCGAGCCAAAGUCAAGCGCUACUAUUUCGAUAUGCGCAGCAUGAAAUGCGCCAUGCUCUACUUUGGCGGCUGUGCGGGCAACGUCAACAACUUCAAGUCGUUGGAGGAAUGCAAUCGAGUAUGCCUGAAUGGUUAUGGCGAUUAUGACAGUCCAAAUGAUGUGGUAGCCGUCAACAAAGUGGCAAGCGGACGUGAUUAAGGACACGAUAUCGAACAGAAAGUAUCUAUAUGGUACUCAUUUAAAGUAUCGCUUUAAAAAUAUCGGGUACCCAUUAA